AUUGCCGGCGCAGUUACAAAUGGUGGCUGGUGGCGCGUGUGCAGCAGCAGCCUAGAGGAUCGAUCGCCGCUCUCAACUCUCGAAUCGUCGUGUUAUUGCAUGUGCAUUGCAUAUCCUACACAUAUAUAAUACCGAGCACACGCAUACAGAGACCGAACAUUGCAGCUGAGCGCGCCGCGUCUUUUGGCUCGUCGCGAUAUUAUUUUCUCUCCUCGUCGGAUAAACGAGUAAUAACAAUAUACGCGACGUCGCCUCGUCGUGUGCUGCCGAGUAUUAUAGUGGGCGACCGAAGUCGGAGUACUCCAAUUGCCUCCCGCGCUCGCGUGUUGGGUAUAUAGCAGUGUACACUUAUACGCUACAGAUAGAUACAUACAACAAAUAGUGCAGUGCGCCUGACACUAUCGUGUCGGUGUUUUUCUUGCAGCGUUCGCUUGGACAAUUGUCGUCGAAUCGUCGCAUCUAGGGACCAUAAUAUUACGCGCACAGGACGUUCGAGGAAUUAUACGCUGCCUACGGCCGCCGUGUAUCCAACGCGUGUUAAGGGCAAAAAAAAGAGUGGGACCGCGCGAGAGUCUAUAUAUAUAACACAUCUCAUAGAUAGGCUCGCGCGCGUGUGUGUAUCCGUGUGUGAUCUCAUGUACGCGCGAAUAUACGCGAUACAUACACAGCGGAUUCUACUACCAACACUACGCGAGUAAUACAUACGCCAAUCUUCAUCCGCGGCACACAAGUCGCAGCGAGUCCGCCCGUGGCAUCAUUGUCGCACUGAUCGCAGCAGCAGCAGCGGCGGCGGCGUAGUCCAACAUAACGUGUGCAUCGAAGAAAUACAGUGUGUUGCUAACUCUCGCGCGCGCGCGUUCUUAUCAAAAAAAAAGAGAACGUCCACACGGUUGACUCACGGUUGAUAACGCGUAAGCGCCAACCAUAAACAACAAUAACGACGACGACGACUACUACGGCGACGACGAGCAGCAACAUGCCGAGCAAGCUGCCGAAGAGGUUCAGCGUCGGCGAGCGCGUAUUCGCCAAAGUCCGAGGUUACCCGCCUUGGCCCGCUAAAAUUGAAAAUGUCACAGAUCCUAAUUCAAAGCAAGCAAAAUAUCACGUUCAUUUCUAUGGAACUAAAGAAAUUGGAACGUGUAAAAUUGAAGAUCUAUUUCAAUAUGAAGAAAACAAAGAAAAAUUUACCAAAGCUGUGAGGAGAAAAUUUUUCCAAGAAGGAUUACAAGAAAUUGAAGAAGACAUUAGGAGGAAUCCUUAUCCACCAUCAGCCACCAGAGAUUCAGAGGCAGCAGAAAACGUGCCUGAUAAUGCUUCUGAAGCUAAUGAUAGUACAGCAUACAACGAUUCAUCAAUGGGCAUGGAUGCUGAUCAUGAAAACGAUAACUUGAUCAUUGAUGAAGGAGACAAGAAAAAAUCACUCAAAAGGAAAUCUCAAGUAUUAAACACUCCAGAUGCUCCAGAUUUGAAGAAAAAAAGGGGAAGAAAAAGUGGAAUAAUUGCUUUAGCGGAAAGUACACCAAAACAAGAAAUUAUAAAUGAUUCUCUCAUUGAAGAUAAUGAUAAUAAAGCUGUGAGCAGAAGUGGUAGAAAAAUAAAGCCUAAGCGUUUCCAUGAUGGCGAAGAAAUUAUUUUAGAUACUUCAAGAAAUGAACAAACUGUAAAAGGCAAGAUAAAAUCCAAAACUGAUGAUAUCAGUGAGAUGCAAGAUACUCCAAUUCCACCCCUUAAAAAAAGACUAAGUGUAGAAAAAGAUGGUUUAACACCGAACAAAGCUGCAGAAAUUACAGCAGAAAAGCAAAACAAAAUCAAUGAUAUUUGUAACAGGACGCUGAAAAUCGAAUCUCAACUCAUAUUCUUGGACACUAAAAUAAGAUCGAGUUUGGGUCUUGAUGAAGCCCACACAGAAGAUUGUUUGGAAGCUAUGGACCAAAUGUAUGAAUUGGAAAUCACUCCACUGAUGUUAAAGAAACAUGCACAAGUUGUUGAAUCAAUAAAAAGGUUGAGGCGAUAUGUUGGAAACCUUGGAAAAUGGGAGUUGACGGAAGAGGAAACCGCGGAUUUUAAAGAAAAAGCUGAAAAAAUUCAAAAGAAAGCUGAUAUUAUUUACAACAAAUUCAAGUCUUUGUUUACAAUCCCGGAAGAUAUGACUUUUUGGCAGUAUUUCUCAGCAUUGCAUAAGCAAUUAAGAGAAUGUACUAAAGACUUAACUCCUGAUCAAUAUUUCGCUACUUUGAUUGAUCCUACAGAAAACAUGGAACUACCUAAAUCUACCAACGAUGUAAAGGACGAAAAAGUUACGAAAGAAGAAAACAAUGUGUCGUUAACAUCCAAAAAUAAUACUUCAACUGAUUCAUCUUUAGAUCAGUGCGAGACGAAAGAAACUGAAGUAGCAGAUGAAGCAGAAAAGGCAGAAAAAAUGGAAACGGCAGAAACAGCAGAAACUGGAGAAACCAAGUAACAAUGGAAACAAUUUUUAUGUUAAAUGGAUACUGAACUUAUUGCUGGUACUAAAGUACCUUGUCACAAUCAAUUUGGACUAUGAAAAAUUCUUCAUUAAAAUGUAAAAAUUGAUCCAAUUCACAUUUCAUAUGUUUAUGGAAUUAAAAUGUCAUUGAACCAUCGUGAUUAAAAUGUAAAUCGUACUGUCAAAUAUAAGUAUAGGUUAAUUACACUAAGAUUAUUAUUAAGUUGAAUAAAUUUUGAUUUGCAAUUGAUUUUCCUUUAAAUAUUAGAGUAUUAUUCUUUACCGAUUAGUUGUAGAAUAUAUUUUCAAAACUAUUGUUUUUAAUGUAAACUAUGUAUAGCAAUGGUGUACAGAUUUUAUAUAAACUAUAACAUAACAUUGCUCAUAAAUUCUUCAAGAGAUAUAAAACUGAAAAUUAUAAUAUUUCUGCUAUCGAAAAAAUGAAAUUUUUCUCGAUUUUCGUACAAAGCGCAGUGAAUCGACUGUAAAUUGAAAACUAAUUGAAAAUAAAGGAGAUACUUGCUUUAAUUUUCAGUUUAAAUUUGCCACCAAUUAUGAUCAUAUAUUUUAGUUGUAAAUUUUUGCAUGAAUAUUGAUGGUUGAGAAAAUAAUUUUUUAUAUUAAUUGACAUAAGAAAAGUGUAAGACAGAUGUUUGAAACGGUGAUACGAAUACACAUAUUUUUCAUUAUAAAUCGUCGUGAUAUCUCACUGCUUAUCCUCGAAUCGGAAAAAAUGUUUUAAUUUAGCUGUUCGAUAACUAUUAAAAACAUAUUUUAAUGAACAAAAUAUCACUGUUUUAAAUAAGCUGGCUAUUGAUAAACCCUUAUCGAUCAUUUCAUUGUACAUCAUCAAAUAUUUAACCCUUAGCUUAAGAUCUCCGUGAUAUAUAUUUACAUUCAACUUGAUGAUUUGUGUAUCAUAGCCUAAUAUCGCUUCGUACGAAUUAUAUGGUAAUUUUCUAAAUUAGUUAUCAAUGAAGUAAUGUAUCACGAAUAUGUUGAAUUGGUUGUAAUCUACAUUUCGUCAGUCGACUUUAUUUUAAAUAAAAUUAAUUGAUGAAUGUACAUUAUUACCCGAGAA